UAGCGCGAGACCCGCGGAGCGCGCGCAACGUGCGAUUGAGCGUCGCGGCUGGUAAAAGCGAGCGACGCGCUAUUAUAAGCGGAGCCUCUGAAUGUAAGCCAUGUUCCUCGGUGUGCUGCAGUUCUCUGAGGACACGAUGGGCUUUGUGCCUUUCCACUUCAGCUGUUGCACAGUAUAUUUUCAACAGAAUGACUGAGGAGGAGAUGGGAACAAGCAGAACCAAUCCUAUGGGCAGAGUGAAUACAUGGACCAUGGACAUUACAGAGACAGCAGUGUGAAGGAUAUCUCUGGGUUAGACACAUCUUUGAGGAGCGCAGAGCUUUUGAAAAACCCAAAGGUGGACUCUUUCAGCAUCUCCCUUGCAUCCUGCCUGUCCAGCCAUAACUUUCCUAUCAGCAUUCAGAGCCACAGCUCAGAACUGUUCUUUUCUGGUGCUGACAGUGGUGCCUUUCUAGUUUACUGGUCCUCCAGGGAGACACCUGUGUCUCUUCACUCAGGAAGCACCAUGGAUCCCUACUGCUACCAAAUACCAGAAUCUACCACCACUGUAGGUGUUGUGGAGCAGUUAGACAGUGGACAGGAAGAAGAAGACAUGGAGCUAGAAGUGGGAACGUUCCCCAUGCUGGUGAGGUCCAUGUCCACAUCACGGAGGCACAGUUGGGAGUUCCCCUUGUCGCCUGUCGAACCAGGGAGGAGACUGAGUCUAGACACAUCAGCCAUGGACAGCGAUGGAGACAGGGAGGAAGAUCUACAGCAGUCUACACAUAUCCACCAGUACUUUGUUUACCCAGAAUGCCUCAGUGAUUUAGAUGAGCCUGAUAGGCUAACAGAGAAGCCCUUGACCAGCUCUGAAACAAAGCAUACAGAAUUGGAGUCAGGCAAGUCAGGGAAGAUCCUGUACUCAGAAUCUGAGGUCAUGGCAACAGAGCACUCCAGAGGCUUGAAUUUGAGCUACGUGCUGGAAACUUCUACACAGGCUGACACAGUGGAAGGAGAAGAGCGGGACCUGGAUGACAAGCUACAUUCUAGAGAUGUUCAAAGUCAUAUAGCUAAAGCAGUUACACUGGCAGGUAAACACUGCCCCCGAGUCAGCCCCCCUGCCCUAAUGACUAAGCCAACAGGUUCAUCAAUGGAGGACAAAGAAAUGUCUGGGAGUGUCACCUGGUAUGAGUUUCUCUCAAAUGAAAAUGAUGACGAAGAAGAGGACCGAACAGAGAAAGCGGAGCUUGGCAAUAAGAAGGUCAAACGCACAUUCAGCUCCCUGAGGAACAGAGUGACAGGUUCCUUCAAUAAGGACAAGGGUAAGAGCAAAGAGAAAGACAGGGGAAGAGAGAAGGAGAAAGAGUCCAAAGAGAAAUUCAAGGCACACAGUAAUGGACAUCAGCUUGUCCCUGGCAUGUUUUCCAGCUGCACAACGUGUUCAUUGUGUAGCAAAACCCUGCAGAAGAAGAACAGCCUGCAGUGUCAGAACUGUGCGGUAAACGUUCACAGGAACUGCCGGCGCUUACUGGCUGAGUGCAGCAGCAGAAACAAGCUAAAAGAUUCUCCCAAGCAAACCACUGGGGCAGUGCAGAGGAAAGUGCAGUAUUACAAUCAAGCACUGAAGGAGUCCUCUGCCAAUGGCCCUUCCAACUCGCUGCGUGGACCAGGCAUGACAGUCAGUCUUCGAGGGCAAAAUAACCAAACCUCCAUCUCUAGUACCAACACCAGUCUUGGCCAGAACAGCAGUUCAGGAUCAAUCCCAGGAGAGAUGGAUGACGUUGACAACAAGUUCAAAAUACUCUCGGAUGACGCAAUCUCUUUGCCUCCUCUUAAUGCAGAAUCCAUCAUUCUUGAAGAUGCACAGUAUGCCAAGGUGCAAGCAGAUUUGGAAUCUGAUGCACAGGAGUUUGAGGCAGAGUCUUGGAGCCUGGCUGUUGAACCACAGUACUUAAACAAACACACAAAGGUAGCAGUCAAGAGGCAAGAUGUAAUAUAUGAGCUCAUCCAGACAGAGAUGCACCAUGUGCGUACGCUCAAGGUUAUGAAGUGGGUGUAUGCGCAUAAGAUGCGUGAGACGCUGCAGAUGGAUGAUGGCAAGCUGGAGCGCCUCUUUCCCCGGCUGGAGUGCCUGCUUGAGGUGCAUCAGUUCUUCCUACUACAGCUGAAGGAGCGCAGACGACAGAGCCUGGAGCCCGGCAGUGAGCACAACUUCUCCAUCCAGCGAAUUGGGGACAUCCUCACCCUUCAGUUUUCAGGGGAAAUUGGAGAGAGAAUGGAGGAAAUGUAUGGUGACUUUUGCAGUCAUCAUACUGAGGCAGUCAGCUAUUACAAAGACCAAAUGCAGAACAACAAGAAGUUCCAGAACCUGAUACGGAAAAUCAACAAUUUGUCUGUUGUAAGAAGGUUAGGUGUGCCAGAGUGCAUUUUGUUAGUGACCCAGCGCAUCACAAAGUAUCCGGUGCUGGUGGAGCGCAUCCUACAGAACACUGAAGCUGGUACGGAGGAGCACAUGGAGCUAGGUGUUGCACUGGAUCUGAUCAAGGAUGUCAUCAAAAAGGUGGAUGGCCGUGUCAAUGACUACGAGAAGGCUGCACGACUCAGGGAAAUCGCCAACAAGAUGGAGCCCAAGACCCAGGGCAAGAUUAAAGAUGGGCGUGUGCUCAGCAAGGAGGACAUUGCCCAGGGCUCGCACAAGCUGUUGUAUGAAGGAACUGUCAACUGGAAGGCUGCAUCUGGCAGACUCAAAGACAUCCUUGCAGUGCUGCUGACAGAUGUCCUUUUAUUAUUGCAAGAAAAAGAUCAAAAAUAUACAUUUUCAGCUGUGGACAGCAAGCCAUCAGUGAUCUCCCUGCAGAAGCUGAUUGUGCGCGAGGUAGCCCAUGAAGAGAAGGCAAUGUUUCUGAUAUGUGCUUCUUCCAGUAAACCCGAGAUGUACGAGAUCCACACCACCUCCAAAGAAGAGCGCAACACGUGGAUGGCAGUGAUCCGCCAGGCUGUUGAAAGCUACUCCCAUACUGAGGAAGGGCAGAAGGAGGAACGGGCCUCCAGACUUGAGGAGUUCCAAGAGCAACUGCGUCUGAAAGAUGCUGAGAUUAUUCAGAGCCUGACAGAGAAGCUGCAGAUCUUUGCAGAAAUGUCCACUGGGAUGGAGGACAUGGGGUCCCGCACACAACUGCUGCUACGUGGUGAUUCCUCAGAUCUCCAGCAGGGGGAGACUCUGCUUAAGGGUGCCAUCAGUGAAGUUGAGCGCCUUCAGGACCUGCUGCUGUGUGGAAAGAAUGAAGCUGCUCCACACUCAGAGGGGAGCCAGGGCUCUGGGGGCCUGCCAAGGAGAGCAGACACCUUUGGGGGCUAUGACAGCAGUCCCACCAUGAUCAACAAAAUUGGCAGUAUGAAGAAGACACACAAUAGAGACAACAAGCAAAGGGAGAGAAGCCAGCGAGCACGCUCUGACCCCCAGCUGAAGGAGAUCACCAGUGGAGAGGUCCUUGAGCAUUUGGCUGAUGAGACCUUGUCACUAAGUCUGAAUUCAGCAUACCAAAAACACAUUUUUGAAGCAGAGUUUCUUGAUCGAGUGCUGAUGCUGUCACAGAGACUUUACAGCCUCCAGGCCAUCAUUUCCCAGCAGGACAGUCACAUUGACAUGCAGCGGGCAUCACUUGCGGAGCGUGAGCGUGCUGGUCGGUUGCGCGGUAGCUUGCUGCUGGAGCAGGAGAAGCAGCGCAGCCUGGAAAAACAGCGUGAGGAGCUUGCCACCUUCCAGCGGCUACAGAACCAGCACCGCCAGGAGCUGGUACGCUGGGAGCGGGAGCGUGAGCGCCAGGAGCAGGAGGCCAAGGCAAAUAAUGCACUCCUCCUCCAGCGUGAAGAGGAAUGCCAGAAGCUGGAAGCGCAGCUGGCUGAGGAGCGCAAGGAGCUGGAGAGCCAGCGGGAGAAGUACCAACAGGAUUUGGAGCGUCUACGAGAGGCCACACGUGCUGUGGAAAAGGAGAAAGAGUGGCUGGAGCAGCAGAAGAGACUGAAGAAGCAGAAGACUUCCCCAGGCCUGCUAAGGCCAGAAAUUACACAGGACCUGCCACUUAUCUCAAGCUUCAAUGGGGAUAUAGGACUGAUCAACACGGGGGAUGACCUGGGCCUAGCUGCCAAACCUCACAUUCGCUAUAGCCUGUCACUGGCCCCUGGUGACCACCCAGAACGGCCAGAGGUUCUGCCACGGCGUGAGAGCAGCAGCUCCCUGGCCAUCAAGACAGAGGUGCCCAUCCACUUGGUCAGCACCACAAACCAGCUUCACAAGCAGGGUGGAGUCCAACAACAGAUCCCCACUAAGCUCGCUGCUCUCAGCAAGGGAAAGGAGAAGGGCGGCAAGUCCAAGAGUUCCCAUCGGACCGACAGCUCAGCAUCACUAGACAUGAAGCAGAUGCUGCCUCUCAAACUGUCUGGAAAAGAGGAUGGGAAUUCUAAAACAAAGAGGUCUGUUAGUCCUCACCAGGCACACCAUCCAGAUCCAGUGAUCCCUGGUGACAGCCACAUCGAAGUCCAGUCAGCAUACCGAUCCAGCAAACGCAAACAGGCAGGUCAGAACAUGCUGAAUGACCUGUCUCCACCCUUCCAAACCCAAGAGGAUGUACCCAAGGAAGAUGUUAUUUUUUUCUAGCGCACCCCCCCA